AGCUUGACGCCGGUGUUUCCCUCUGAGGUGUGACAGCCGGACCUGCUGUCAGGCUCUUUCCUCUGCGCUCAGCCAAGCAUCCUGAGCUCUCUGCUGCUGGUGCUGCUCACUGGGACUUUUAAACCCACAAUCUGGCAACACAGAGCUCAGCUGGACCACUUAUCCAUCCCUGAAAAAGAGUCUGGAUUCCAGAGGUUUGGUUCUGCAACAGGUGGAAUAUGAUCCGGCGGACGGUGCUGUUGUCUUUAUGUCUGAGCAUCAUCUCAGCAACAUUUGAUUACAUUUAUGAGGAGCACGCCUUGAUGGACCCUGAGGAGGUGCUGAGCGUCAGCGUUCCUCUGGAGGGGCCGCAGCGUCCUCUGCUUGGGGGGAUGCUGGUCCUACCAUGCUACUUUGAGGACCACACCGUUCCAGAUCCCGGGGCUCCCACCAUCACCCCGCUGUCUCACCGUAUCAAAUGGAGCCUCGUAACCAAGGAAAAGGUCACGACUAUCCUGGUGGCCAUGGAUGGACAGGUGCACAUCGCUGAGAGCUACCUGGACAGAGUUCAUCUGCUGAGCUAUCCCGAAACCCCAACAGACGCCAGCAUCAAGAUAUCCGAGCUGCGCUCCAGUGACACAGGAGCGUAUCGCUGCGAAGUUCAGCACGGCAUCGAGGACAACCAUGACAUCGUGCAUGUCCAAGUUCAAGGUGUCGUGUUUCACUAUCGACCCAUCAUGGGUCGCUACACUUUGACGUUUGAAAAGGCGAAGGCAGCCUGCACUCAGAACAGCGCUGUCAUGGCAUCACCCGAACAGCUCCAAGCUGCCUACGAUGAUGGUUUCCACCAGUGUGAUGCUGGUUGGCUGUCCGAUGAAACAGUCAGGUAUCCAAUCCACGAUCCUCGUGUGAACUGCUAUGGUGACAAAGAAGAGCUGCCAGGUGUCAGGACUUACGGAGUGAGAGACCUCAAUGAGACAUAUGAUGUGUACUGCUUUGCCGAGAAGAUGACAGGUAGAGUUUUCUACACUGCUGUUGCAGAGAAGUUCACCUUCUCCGAGGCUGCGUUGGCAUGUUUUAACCAGGGAGCUCAGCUGGCCACCACAGGCCAGCUAUACUUGGCCUGGCUGGGAGGGAUGGACGUCUGUAACGCCGGCUGGCUGGGCGACAGGAGCGUCCGUUAUCCUAUCAACGUUCGUCGCCAGCAGUGUGGAGGGGGUCUGCUGGGGGUGCGGACUGUUCAUCUCCACACAAACCAGACAGGAUACCCACUUCCUGAGUCCCGAUAUGAUGCCUUCUGCUACACUGACUCCUCUGAUGAAGGAGGUUCAGGCACAGAUGAGGAAAGUGGCGUGCUGGUCGUCACCACAGUGACGCGGGCCCCAGACGUGUUCUUCAGCAGGAAGACCACAGAGAGCGAGGCAAUUGGAGAGGUGGAGACUCAGCGGCCCACUGAGCUGACGUUCACCUACACGGAGAGCCCCACAGAGCAGCCCCAGCCUCCUAACGUCACUGAGAUCAUCAUCACUGACCAGAUAGAGGCAGUCACUGCCCGGCCAGGAGUCAGCAGGGAGCCCAGCGAGGGCUUCGUGAUGCCUCCAGAAGGUGUGGUCUUCCACUACCGGUCAAGAGCUGGCCGAUAUGCUUUCACAUUUGUUGAAGCCCAGCUGGCUUGCCAGAGGGUUGGAGGCUCCAUCGCCACACCACAGCAGCUGCAGGCUGCGUACGAGGCUGGAUAUCACCAGUGUGAUGCAGGUUGGCUUCUGGACCAGACUGUAAGAUAUCCCAUCGUUUUCCCUCGAGAGAAGUGUUCUGGAGAUCUGAGAGAUGAGCCUGGAGUUCGGUCUUACGGAUUGAGUCCGGCAGAUGAGCGAUAUGAUGUUUACUGCUACACCGAAGGACUCAAAGGAGAGGUUUUCCAUGUAAGAUCUGCAGAGGGUUUCACUUACGAAGAGGCGCUUUCGAGCUGUCAAGAGCACAACGCUACGUUGGCCUCCACUGGAGAGCUUUAUGCAGCCUGGAAAACUGGUUUUGACAAAUGUCGUGCAGGCUGGCUACUGGAUCGUAGUGUCCGUUAUCCCAUCAUCAACCCCCGUGCUGGGUGUGGGGGAGGGAAAUCAGGAGUCCACACCAUGUACGCUCACCCAAACCAGACGGGCUACCCUGAACUUGAUGCCAGAUUUGAUGCAUACUGUUUCAGAGCGGACAUUCAGCUCAUUGCAAAUGAAACUGGACUCAACAUCACAGAUAUCCAGGAGGCUCUAAUAAACUUGACAUCGGUUACUGAUCUGUUGAGGCCUGCCAUUCCUCCCAUCGCUCCAAUUCCUGUGGAGAUUUCAGGCUCUGGUUCAGGCUCAGCAGAUUAUGGUUCAGGAGACCUGUCUGGAUCUGGAGAUCAGGUUACCUCUGGAGAGGGCUCCUCUUCUGGACAACAGUCGGGUUCUGGAGACGUCUCAGGUUCUGGAGAUCAGGUUACCUCUGGAGAGGGCUCCUCUUCUGGACAACUGCCGGGUUCUGGAGACGUCUCAGGUUCUGGAGAUCAGGUUACCUCUGGAGAGGGCUCCUCUUCUGGACAACUGUCUGGUUCUGGAGAUGUCUCAGGUUCUGGAGAUCAGGUUACCUCUGGAGAUGGCUCCUCUUCUGGAGACCUGUCUGGAUCUGGAGAUCACGUUACCUCUGGAGAUGGCUCCUCUUCUGGACAACUGUCGGGUUCUGGAGACGUCUCAGGUUCUGGAGAUCAGGUUACCUCUGGAGAGGUCUCCUCCUCUGGAGACCUGUCUGGUUCUGGUGAUCAGGUUACCUCUGGCGAUGGAAUUUCUUCUGGAGUCCUAUCAGGUUCUGGAGAUUUUUCUGGCAAAACAAGUACUGAGCUUUCACAUGGGGAGUCAGGGUUCAGCACUUCGGGAUCAGGUCUCAGUGGAGAAGGAUCUGGCAUCAGUGUCGUUUUCUCAGGAAUUGACAGUAUUGCGUCAGGAGAAGGCUCAGCUUCAGGUGGACUUCAAGAAGCAGAAGAGGGAAGCACAGAAAUCCUUAUCUUCCCUUCUUCUGGUAUGGGCUCUGGAGAGCUUAGUGGUAGUGGGGAUCAGUCCCUGUCUGGUUCUGGAUCUGGUUUCAUAUCAGGCCAGGACGUUUCUGGUUUCAGUGGUUCCUCUUCAGGAGCUUUCUCUGGAAUUGGAAGUGGACAAUCAGGACAGUUUUCGGGAGAUGGAGACAAUCCGAUCUUACUGAUAGAUGAUAAACUGAUUGAUGCAUCAAUUGCCAAGAAAGAGUACGAGCUUGGAGGAAACCCACCAAUCUACAGUGGUUCAGGAGACUUUUCAGGCCAGGACAUUUCUGGUUCCAGUGGUUCCUCUUCAGGAGCUUUCUCUGGAAUUGGAAGUGGACAAUCAGGACAGUUUUCGGGAGAUGGAGACAAUCAGAUCUUACUGAUAGAUGAUAAACUGAUUGAUGCAUCGAUGGCCCAGAAGGAGUACGAGCUUGGAGGAAACCCACCAAUCUACAGUGGUUCAGGAGAUUAUUCAGGCCAGGACAUUUCUGGUUCCAGUGGUUCCUCUUCAGGAGCUUUCUCUGGAAUUGGAAGUGGACAAUCAGGACAGUUUUCUGGAGAUGGAGACAAUCAGAUCUUACUGAUAGAUGAUAAACUGAUUGAUGCAUCAAAUGCCCAGAGGGAGUACGAGCUUGGAGGAAACCCACCAGUCUAUAGUGGUUCAGGAGACUUUUCAGGCCAAGACAUUUCUGAUUCCAGUGGUUCCUCUUCAGGAGCUUUCUCUGGAAUUGGAAGUGGACAAUCAGGACAGUUUUCGGGAUAUGGUGACAAUCAGAUCUUACUGAUAGAUGAUAAACUGAUUGAUGCAUCAAUUGCCCAGAAGGAGUACGAGCUUGGAGGAAACCCACCGGUCUACAGUGGUUCAGGAGACUUUUCAGGCCAGGACAUUUCUGGUUUCAGUGGUUCCCCUUCAGGAGCUUUCUCUGGAAUUGGAAGUGGACAAUCAGGACAGUUUUCGGGAGAUGGAGACAGUCAGAUCUUACUGGUAGAUGAUAAACUGAUUGAUACAUCGAUGGCCCAGAAGGAGUACGAGCUUGGAGGAAACCCACCGGUCUACAGUGGUUCAGGAGACUUUUCGGGAUCAAGAAUUCUCAGUGGUGACUCAAGUGGUUCAGCCUCUGGAAGUGGCUAUCAAAUCUUCCCUGGUGUGACCUUUGUGGGUUCAGGCUUCACUAGGCUCAGUGUGUCAGCCACCGAAGAGCAUGAAGAGGCCUCUGGGUUUAUAUUCUACAGCUCUGGACAAGAAAGUGGACGACUGUCUGGUUUUGGAAGCUCAAGUUUCUUUUCUGAGUCUGGAUCAGGAAUGGUCGGAUCAGGAUUUCCUGGCUCAGAGUCCUCAGCGAGUGGAGAAGAAGGCAGUGUUACAUUCCUGACUGGCGAUCUAAUGAGAAAGGUACCGACAGACACUUCAGUGUCUCUGGAGCUGGGACAGGGGUCGGUAGAGUACAGUGGAGAAGGAAGUGGCAGCAGCGAUGGCUUUCAUUCUGGUGGAAAAGACACUGAGUCAUCCACUGCCAGCGUCAUCAUUUCAACAUCUUCUUCUGGGGCAUCCUCUGGUGAUCUUGAGGGUCUAAUAAAAAGCAGCGCAGAACCAGAGGCGUCCCUUCAAGAGGUGAAAAUGACAGAGACCCCUGAUGGCAUGUAUUCCACCCCGGGCCCAGAAUUUGGCCCUUCAGGACUUUUGGCUCCUCCUACUGCAGAUAAACCAGCUUUUAGAGAGCCACCAAUCACCAUAGAAGGCUUUAACCCCUGUGAACCCAAUCCUUGUGGUAAUGCAUCGUGCACAGCAGAAGAUGGAGUUGCUGUCUGUUUUGAAGUAGAUGUGUGCCACCCCAACCCUUGUGCCAAUGGAGCCACCUGUGUGGAGGGUGCAGACUCUUUCAAAUGCUUAUGCCUGCCCAGCUACGGAGGGAAACGCUGUGAGAUCGACGAGCAGCGAUGCGAGGACGGCUGGACCAAGUUUCAGGGUAACUGCUACCUGCACAUUUCUGACCGAAAGGAGUGGCAGGACGCAGAGCAGCACUGCCGGGAGCUGAAAGCACACCUGGUCAGCAUCAUCACGCCGGAGGAGCAGCAAUUUGUCAACUCAAAUUCACAGGACUACCAGUGGAUAGGACUGAAUGACAAGACACUGCAGAAUGACUUUCAGUGGACUGAUGGGACACCGGUGCAAUAUGAGAACUGGAGGCCAAACCAGCCAGAUAACUACUUCGGCUCUGGAGAAGACUGCGUGGUGAUGAUCUGGCAUGAGUACGGCCAGUGGAACGACGUGCCCUGCAACUACCACCUGCCAUUCACCUGCAAAAAAGGCCCAGUGUCAUGUGGGGCGCCGCCAGAGGUGGACAACGCUUACACGUUUGGUAAAAAGAGGCUGGAAUACCCCGUCAACUCCAUCGUUCGUUACCAGUGCAAACCAGGAUUUAGACAGCGCCAUCCACCGGUGGUACGCUGUCAGGCUGACGGACGGUGGGAGGAGCCCCAAGUGGAAUGUACUGAUGUGAAAACCAGAAGGAGAAUAUAUGACAGGAUUCCAGCAACCAGGAGCACAAGAAAAUGAAAACAAAGCAAUUUAGUAUUUAAAAAAUAACAAUUAUUGGCCCCAAAAUGCAUUUGAUAUAUUAGUGAAGCUGAUUUGAGGAGUUAAAUUUCUGGAAUGCCCAUUUCAAGGGUGCUACAUGAUGGUAAUGUGACUUUUCUUUCUUCUUCCCCCUACCCACACUAAUAUAUUUAAAAUAUAUAAUUAUUUUAUUGCAAUGAGUUCAUUUUUAUCUUGUGUCUUGUAACAUAAUUGUUUAGUGAAGUCUUUGCUAGUAUUUUUUGUUUCACAUUUCUCUGUCCAGUUCACUGUAGUCUGUUAUUUAACUGGAAGACUCAGACGGAUGCUGGCGUCUUUUUGACAUCAGGAACCAAAAAUCACGAGCACGCAAACCCAUGUGCCACAGCUUUUUGUCAUUCUGGUAAAGAGGGGAGGAGUUAAAAUGAAAUAAGAAAUAAGUUAACGUGAAUCAUCUAAGCUCCUAUAGUGGUCUCAUAACUUCCUGCCAGUUUCUGCUCUCACCGUCAGGAUGAGGAACUUCGAGCCAUUUCUUCCAGAACCCCACCCCCCCAAAACAAAUAAAAAAAUAUUCACAGUACAGCAAACAGUUUACAUUUGAACAAAUCAUCCAAGUGAAAACGUGUCAUGGAUGUCCUCUGAGUCCAAGUUGGACAAUUGGAUUUGUCUGGACAGAAAUAAUCCCAUCAAAGACAAAUGUGAAACCACCUGACGGCUGCAGAGUCCUGUGUUUAUGGAAUGGUGGUGUAAAUCACUCACAGUUUUAAGUGAUGACGUUACAAUUGAUUGAAUUUAUACAUCUGCACGUCCAGCAUUUGUUUCAGAAACAAGGUUCAAGGAGUAUUUAUUGUCAUUCCAGCACAUGUUAGACAUGACAUAGAACAACAUUUUUUUCCCUUGUCCCAGAGCAAGCCCCAUGAGAAUGGUACAAAAAGAAAAGUAUAUGCAGUAAAUAAAAUAAAAAUGUAAGAAUAUAUAAAUACUAAAAAUAUUAUAAAUAGGAAAAUAUUCAAACAGUAAACACAGCAGGAUGGUAAUGUUAUGAAAACAACCCUUUAUUAUAAUAUAAAAUUAAGAAAAACAUACCCACACAGAUCAGCCUGUUGUUACUGACUGGUUCUCUUCUGAUUCAACAAAUUUUACACAAAUGAGGUUCAUUUCCCGUUUUUAUGAGUCCACCACAGCAUCAGCAACACCCUCCGAUGUUUUACAUUUAGACAACAACAUGCCUAAGAUCUGUCUGUCAUGUUGGCUGGUUUGAAGUAUUUUCUGUGUUUUUGCUGAUCACCCUCCACGAUGCUGCGCCGUGCACAGUGUCUGUGUGGAGCGAGUGUGAUGAGUGCCUUUCAUGUUUGUAACCUCAGAGGAUGGAACUUGCGUUAAAGGAGACAUAUUAACCCCCCAACCCCACCUUUUUUUUGUACCAGAGUUUCUGUACAACAGCUGCUUUUGAAAACAUGACUUAACUUCUUAACUGGACUGACAUUAAAUGUGAAGAGCAACUCUACUCAGGUCUGAGGCCUUUGAUGUCACUAAACCCUGCAAAUCUUAUCAGCUCGUGGUUUCAUGUUCAGAUCUUACCAACCAAACAGCUAAAGGGUUGUCAUGUCUGAAGACAUCCAAAUAUUGGUUUUCUUCGAAAGAAAAUGUUAUCUUGGCUUCCAUAAUAUGUCCCCUUUAAACGUUCAUCUUUGACUGCUUUCAUUUUUGUGCACUUCUGUUAUGUCACUGUUGCUGUAUCUGGGGGCUGUGCCUCUCAAACACGUUUUCACCUGCGGCAAAAUAAACCAGAGACUGAGAACUUA